CUGUGAAUGGCAUACAGCUGAUUGUCAGACUGCACGUGUAGUUGGGUUUUUUGUUUAUAUAAAUACGCUACCGUCUGCUUGUUUCUAUAGCUUUGUAAAUUAAAUACAACAAAAUACAGGAAAAAUGGCCAGAAGACCUGAGCAUUCAGCACCGCCAGAAAUUUUUUACAACGAUGAUGAGGCCAAGAAAUAUUCCACAAACACUCGCAUCAUUGAGAUCCAAGUGGAAAUGGCCGAACGUGCCUUGGAGCUGUUGGCUUUUCCAGAUGACGAUGAGUCCCGUUUGAUCUUGGAUAUUGGUUGUGGUUCUGGGCUAUCGGGAAGUGUUUUAGAGGACAGCGAACACAUGUGGAUAGGCAUAGAUAUAUCCAAGUCCAUGCUGGAUAUUGCAGUAGAACGGGAAGUGGCCGGUGAUGUGAUCCUGGGAGACAUGGGCGAGGGUAUGCCCUUCAAGCCGGGCACCUUCGACGGCGCCAUCUCUAUCUCUGCCCUUCAGUGGCUUUGCAAUGCCGACAAGUCGUAUCACAAUCCGCAUAAGCGUCUGCUGAAGUUCUUUACCACAUUGUUUUCCUGUCUGACACGUACCGCACGUGCUGUUUUCCAGUUUUAUCCGGAGAACUCUGACCAAAUAGAGAUGGUCACUUCGCAGGCCAUGAAGGCUGGUUUCUACGGAGGAUUGGUUGUGGAUUAUCCCAACUCCGCCAAGGCCAAGAAAUACUAUCUAGUACUCAUGACUGGAGGAUCGGCUGAGCUGCCAAAGGCUUUAGGUUCUCCUGAGGAGGAGCGCCGUGUGAAUUACAUCAAGAAACGCGAUGCCUGCCGCGAGGCACGUGGAAAGGCACCGAAAAAAUCUCGCGAUUGGAUCCUGGCCAAGAAAGAGCGUAGACGACGCCAGGGUUUGGAAACCCGUCCAGAUACAAAGUACACUGCGCGCAAGCGUAGCGGCAAAUUUUGAUUAAAGUUUAUCUAGUUAAUCUCAAA